AUGAUAUUCCGCAUAGCAAUCAAUAUUAAGGAUACACCUGUCCGAGAUGGACGGAAAGGAAAAGCACCAUGGCUCGGUGUUCUACUCCGCCAUCCCUCGUCCGCCGACUCUGCCUGCUCAUGGACCGUCUUCCUUCUGGACCAGCUGAUGACAUACAUAAUCCUUGUUGCCGGAACAGUGUCGACGGAGAUACUGUAUUUGGCAUACAAGGGCGACGUGAAUGUUACAUGGAGUGAAGCUUGCAGUGUCUUGGACACCUUCUGCCGACGAGCCACCACCUCAGUCGGGAUCACCUUCGGCUCGACGGUUUGCUAUGUGCUGCUCUCCCUUGUCUCGUCCUAUCGCCUUUUCAGCACCUUUGCAGCCCCCCUCCCCUUCCUGAGCAGCAAGAGCCAGGAGAUAGCAGCCUUCCCUAGCUGAACACCGCCAUUAAGUUUUCCCCUGCUUAUCUAUAUAGUCUGUGUUAU